GACGGACAGAGAGACAGACAGACAGAUUGAGUUUUUAUUUUACCAGUUGCAUAACAGUUAAGUCAGUUUCCUGCAUGUAGAUUUUAUUUUGAAAGUGAGCCCGGAUGCAGAUCCGUGUUGCUGCGCCUGACUUGCCUCUACUCUGCUCUCCUCUCGCACUUUGCGGCUGCUGCUGGUCGCUGUCAUCAUGCAGGUGGAAUCUGCGCAGUGUGCUUCAGAAUAAAAAUCUUUGACAGGGACGCCACGACUUCUCUGAGCUGCCAGUCAGCUGGACGCCUGACAUCAAACCGCCGAGGAGGAAGAAGCAACAAGACAAGAGACAAACCGACAAAAUUGGAUUUUUUUUUUUUUUACCCCCUUGCACACUUUACCUGCCUAAGUUAGAAAUACAUUUAAAUUUGGAUUAAGAUCUCGUUAAAUUAUUGUUCUGCGCGGGAUAAUAAAACGCUGUUGAGUUGUUACAAAGUGUUUUCCUCUCUUGGCGCAGUCCAGCACAGCUCAGCGAGAGUCGUAGAGGAUGUCAUCCAGUCCUAAAGGAAAUGAAAGUGCCAAACAGACCAGAAGGACGUAAUCUUUUGGGAAUAUCUUCUCUUUGCACGCGCCGGUGCGAUGGAUGAAGGCACUGCCAACGACACCAUCCCAGAUCUGAAAGACAUAGAGACAAAAAUCGGCCGGAAGACUCCCGAGGGUUUGCUCAGGUGGAUGAGAGAAGAUGCGUCCUCUCUCCGGGGAGAAACCAAACUGGCCACCCCUCAGGACACCAGUAAGGACACCGGGAGGAAGAGUUUGGAUGAAAAGAUUAGGAAGCUCAGGAUGGAGAUGGCUUAUCUUCGCUCAGUGGAUGUCAAGAUUUUGCAACAGUUACUGGUGGUCCAUGAGGGCAUCGAGGGGGUGAAAUGGCUGAUGGAGGAGCGCAGCACACUAACCAGUCACUGCAGCAGCCUGACCAGCAGUCAGUACAGUUUGGGUGAGGGCCCCGACACGUCUUGGAGGGGUUCCUGGAGCAGCCUGCAGGACCCCACUAAUGACAAGCUAGACAACAUCUCUAUUGGCAGCUACCUGGACACUCUGGCUGAUGACAUGGAUGAGUACUGCCCCUCCAGCUCAGAGUCUGUGAUUUGCUCCACCACACCACUAGUUUCAGAAGCUACACCCGAGAGCAACACAACCGGAGGCCCGAGAGUGUCUGGAGCAGGAGCUGCUGUGGGAGCUAGAUCGAGUAAUGGAGAUGGGAAUCAGAUUCGAACUGGGACAAGUGACAAAGAAAUGUUAGGGGGACCUGGGGUUAGCAGUGCCAUCACUGGGCCUGGAGGUAGUGAUGCUGGAAUAUUAGGAGCUCCUGUCAGGUUUCCCCAAGUCAAGUCAAACAGCUCCAAGGAAAACACUCCAGUCCGAACCAAGCCUGCAGAGAUGGAUAAUGGCAGCCCCGUUUUAAAAGACGAUGCCAAAACACAAAUGCUUAAGGUCAAUGGUGUUCUGGAAAAAACAGCAACACAGACAGGCAGCCCGACUCGCAAAGGCAUCCCUGACAAACUGGGAACCAGACAGAGCCCCAAAGCCAAACAGUACAAAAACGGAAAGAUCGACUUGGAUACAUGCAAAAUGAAUGGCAAAAUGCACCUGGAGUAUGAUGCUCACUGGAGAUGGGUGCAGUCACAGGAAGAUGUGACGUUUUUGUAAAAAAGGACCAUCACAUUGAACUACCAUAUUAAAUGACAACAACAUUCUUCCCUCUGCACUGACUUUUCUAGAAAACAUUGAUGUCACCAUUUUACAGGAUUUGGCCCAAUUAUUUUUGCCAAAGAGGGAUGUGUCACUCAAAUAUAGGAAAAUUACUUUGAAAAUUCAGUACCAUAGUGAGUCUCAGGAUAUUUUUAGCAGGCCCUAAUUUUAAUUUGAGAUGUAUAUUUUUAAUUUUUCUGUAGAAAAAAAAGCACAGUGACAUGAUUUGCCAGAGAGCUGAAACAUUAUUGCAGAUUCUGUGAUGUGGCAGUGAUUUCAAAAUUUUCUUGUUUAUAAAUUUGUCUCCCUUUAAUUCUUCCUCAAUAAUGUUAUUGAGACUCUAUUACUGACCUUGAUAUGGUUUUCUUUUUAAAACAGAUUUAGGUUGCGAGUCAUGAAAAUCUCUCUUCAGAUUCUUCUCAUGACCAUUUGCCUGGAUCUUAUCCCUUGAGACUGGACAUUUCAAAACAAUGGCACUAGUGUAGUUAAAUGUACUAGAUUUAAAAAAGAUAAAAAUCCAACAUAAAUUGGCCCCUUUUUAUACAGUAGAUUUACACAAAAUAUGCUGUACAAAUGUAUUUAUGCAUAACUGGCCUUGUCCAGUAAUUAUACACCACAUUAGUGCAUUUUACCAAAAUGUGCAGUGCAAGUGAUUAUUAUGAAAUUUGUGCGCAUGUUACUACCUAAAACAUUCCUCUAACCAACAGUAACUUUUAAUGUUCAAAAAAAAAAAAUCCACCAAGGUUUGAAAAAGUCUUAAAAAAUAAUAUACCACAAAUAGGUUUGUCAUUGUACAGUCUUGCUUCAGUGCAACCAUCUACAAUAAUGUAAAUUCACAAUACAGCUACUCUGCGCAUCUGUUAUUAGUGGUGUCUGACUCUGUGAAAAUCCUGAAUAUAGCCUUUUUUCAGUUUUA